CGAUAAAUUUUUGUCUGGAUUGAGGUUUGUCCAGAAAAGACGCGGCACACCGCUAUCCCCACACCUGGCUUUCUUAUUCGCGUGUCCAAACAACCCCCAUCUUCUUCACUAUAUCAACUCUCCGCUCCCCAUCCCUCAAUUCCGCAAACAAAAAGAAAACCAUCCAAUAAUGGGGAAAACAAAAUUAUCUGUUAUGGCCGCCGUGGCGGUGGCUUUGGUGGCGGCGGCCGUGGUGGCGGAAGGUUACGGCGGAAGAGUAGGCGGAAGGAUGGAGAUCAAAGACGUGAAGAGGAAUGAGGAGGUACAGCGAUUAGGAAGAUUCAGCGUGGAGGAGUACAAUCAUCGGAUGGGAGGCGGCGGAGGAAAGGUGAAGUUCGCGGCGGUGAUUGCGGCGGAGAGGCAGGUGGUGUCGGGAAUUAAAUACUAUUUGAGAAUUUUGGGGAUUCAAAAUGGGGAGAGCAAAAUUUUUGACUCGGUUGUGAUUGUGAAGCCCUGGAUUGGUUCUAAGCGCCUUCUGGAUUUUUCGCCUUCUAUAGUUUCGAGCACUCCCAUUUUUAAUUUCUGAUUUUUCUUUCUUUCCCUUUGGUAUGCCUAAAUAAAUACGAAAAUGAUUUUCUUC